AUGGACCUGUUAAAAAAAUUUAUGGGCUUAGACGGCCGGAAGGAUGACGAUGAUGAUAACAGAAAGAAAAAAACAACACUCAAGGACGAGUUCCGCAAGCCGAUCUGGGUAGAGGAGGACGACAGCGAUGACGAGCUGUUUGAUAAUCGGAAAAUUUACGGUGUGCAAAUUUUUACCAACCCGAUCGAAAUGCAGAAGUACUUCGAGCAGCAGAUGCAGGAGAUGUGGAAAUCGCUCGAAGAGUAUGACGAUAAUGUGAAAAUGUUCGAUCAUGAUUUGAAGCAAGAUUUUCUGAAGCCAGGCUUUGAGGAAGCCGAACUUGGCAAGGAUGUGAAGCGGCAAGAUACUGACCUGGAUGGAGAGAUCUAUGCUGAUCAACUGCAUUCACUGCUGCAGCGCAUAUCGCCGGAUCUGAAGGAACUGAUGCCGAAGAAACGCAAGGACAAGGUGGAAAAUAAUAGCGCUACAGCGGAACGCCGCCGACUGACCGACGAUGAGAAAGUGAUGGAUCUAAUCCAUGGUAUUACCGACCAGACACGGCUAUCAUCCGGUGCAGGCAUCUCCAAACCGAUGAGACGCAACGGUAGCCUGCAGCAACGUUUCCCCGAAGGUGGAUUGUUUGAGGGCGCGUUCCAGGGACCGCGCAUGUUUGGCCAAAGCAUCAUUUCGCAGACGAUUCGCCGCCCGGAUGGGUCCUUUGAAACACGUCGCACGGUACGAGAUUCCCAAGGAAACACUCAAACGACCGUCACGUUGUCCACGAAAGAUGGACGCAAGGAAACGGUCACCACGUACGAUGAGGCUGGAAAGAAGGUUGGAUCUGGGGAUGAAAUAUUUGGCAUGAAAAAGGGUGGCGGAGAAAUUGAAGGGCAUGAUACGCCGACCGGGGCACUGCUAGCACUGGACGGCAAGUUUGGGCUGAACUACAAUGGUUACGUGUUGCCGAAGAAUCUCUGGUGA